AAAGCGGCGCCGGGGCCCAAUGGGCGGCGGGCGCGGUGCGCCUGCGCAGUGGGCGCUCGGGAGGGCAGUGCGGCGCCGCUGGCCGGAGGCGGAGGGGAGCGAUGGAGCAGGGAUACGGCGGUUAUGGCACCUGGAACACUGGGGCCACCAACACUCAAGGUACAUACGCGACGAAUGCGACAAGUUGGCAAGGCUAUGAAGGCUACGACUAUUACAACACCCAGACCACCGCCGCUAACACAGCGGCCACGUACAACUACGCCGCAGCCGCCGCCACCUCCAGCAGCUGGGAAACCCCCAAAACUUCGGAGAUGAGCAUGAACGCCGAGGUGGGCGCCGCCAUGCCCGUCGCCUCGUACGGCACCGAGGCCUCGGCGAACGAAAACUCCGAUUCCAUCAUCGCCAAAAUCAACCAGCGUUUGGAUAUGCUGUCGAAGGAGGGCAGCGGCGGGACAGGGGAGGGGAUGGACGACCAGGAGAGCUCUUUCAGAUUCGAGUCUUUCGAAUCGUACGACUCGAGGUCCUCGAUGAGCGACCGCGACAUGUACCGAUCGGGCUACGAUUACGGGGAGGUCGGCAGCGAUCGCAGCGAUUCCUUCGGGAGCCAGUUCGACAACCGCCGGGAUCAGUCCCGUAACCGGGGAAACAACUACGGCCUCAUCCGGGGACGGGGCCAAAACCGCGUUCAGAACCGCGGCCGUCUAAACGCUUUCAACCGCACCGACCACUUCAUGCCUUCCUCCAGCUCCGAGCGCCUCUCGGCUCGCUGGAAUGAGCUGAACUACAUGGGUGGGCGUGGGAUGGGGGGUGCCGGAUCCAACAGGCUCCCUUCCCUCUUUUCCCAAGCCCUCGUUCCCGACUACGGCGACUACGGCGAUUACGGCGACUACGGCGAUUACGGGGAUUACGGCGACUACGGCGACUACGGCGAUUAUGGUGACUACGGCGACUAUGACUAUGGCAUGAUGGGGAUGUCGGGCAUGGGAAUGGGACGGUAUGGGAAUGUGCCGUAUGGAAUGGGGAGGCAACGAAACAGAGACAGGAUGGGUACGGUGCCCUGGCACAUGAACGCGCUCAUGCCCAAGAGAAGAGGAUUCCGAAACCGUUCGGGAGGGCGACUGGAUGGCGAGGGAGGAGGACGCAAGCGAAAACAGUCGCAAAGCGGCGAUGAGCCGGACAGCAAGCAGGCAAAGACCGACAGCGAGGGAGAUGACACCGAGAACGCAGAUGAGGGUGAAGGAGAGGAAAAAUCAGGAGAUGAAGCUGACAAAGGUGAGAAUGGGAAUUGGGGCGAUUUGGCGGAGGAAGCGUCUGGAGAUGGCUGUGAAGAUGACGACGAGGAGGUGAAGAAGAAGAGGGAGAAGCAGCGGAGAAGAGAUCGGAUGCGUGAUCGUGCUAUGGACAGAAUCCAGUUCGCCUGUUCCGUCUGCAAGUUCCGCAGUUUUGAGGAAGAGGAGAUCCAGAAGCACCUCCAGAGCAAGUUUCACAAAGAGACUUUGCGAUACAUCGGUACCAAACUCCCGGAUAAAACAGUCGAGUUUCUGCAGGAGUACAUCGUCAACAGGAAUAAGAAAAUCGAGAAGCGGCGCCAGGAGCUGACUGAGAAAGAGGGCACAAAACAGAAGCCGGAUCCUUUUAAGGGCAUCGGCCAGGAGCAUUUCUUCAAGAAGAUCGAGGCGGCUCACUGCAUGGCGUGCGACAUGUUAAUCCCUGCCCAAAACCACCUUCUCCAGAGGCACCUGCGAUCGGCCGAUCACAACAGAAACCGCAGGAUGGCCGCGGAGCAGUUCAAGAAAACCAGCUUACACGUCGCCAAGAGCGUCCUGAAUAACAAACACAUCGUAAAGAUGCUGGAAAAAUACCUCAAGGGAGAAGAUCCCUUUACGGAUGAAAUUGCGGAUCAGGAUGUGGAUGAAGCUUUGGAAGGUGGAGACGGCACCGGGGAAGGAGCGACCGAAAGCGCCGCCGCCGAAGUUGCCCCAGAAGGAGAAGGAGGAGUCGGGGAAGCGACGGAAACGGCGGAAACGGCUGAAGAAUUUUGCAAACCUGAGGAAUUUCUUAAAAAUCUCGGGGAGCAAGAUCAGCCCCCCAAACCGCUGUUGAUGCCGCCGUUCCUGCAAGACGACGAGCUGGAAGCGGAGGAGAUGACAUCGGAGGUGACGUCAGAGGUGACAUCGGAGGUGACGGCGGAAGCGACGGCCGCGGCGACUUCAGAAGCGACGGAAGAGCCGCACGCGGUUCCACAAAACCCCCAGGAAUCCGCGAUUUCCCCCCAAAAUGAAACUGAGGGUUGGGCAGGCAAAGAGGAGGAGGAGGAGGAGGAAAAUGGGAGCAAGGCAGCGGCUGCGGCCGGCUGCAGCGAGGAAGAGGAGGAGGAGGAGGAAGAGGCUCCACCAGCGGCUGAGGAGCCGCAACCGGAAUAACUGUGAAUAUUUGCGUGAAGGUGAUGGUAUAAUCCGUGAUUAUUAUUAUUUUUUUUGAUUUAUUAUUACCAAUUUUUUGAGCGCAGCGCCCAAACGCGGCCAAUUUUGGUUUGAAUUAAGGGGGAGGGAACCCAGCUGCUUCGUUAAGGAGCCGCCCCAGCGCUUAAUUGAUCUCGUUAAGAUAAAAUUUUGCUUCGUUUCUGCAAAUUUUUUUUUUGUUUUAGGACGAAGAGCGCAGGAAGCCGUACCUCCCCCGCGAAAUCCUCUGCCUGCAGCUCCGCUUGGGGUUUUGGUUAUUGUUUUUUUGGGGGAGGAGGGGGGGAAUUUUAGAAAGAAAAAGGAAAAAAAAAGCAAAAAAAAAAAGCUGAGGUUUGGAAAAAUAAUAAAAGCAUCGAUUCGAUCCCGGCGGCUCUUUGGGUUUUAAUAACGCUGGCGGGAUGGAGCCGGUGCCCUUCCCUCAUCCCUCGUCCUUCCUAAUGCUGAAAAUACUCAAUUUAGGGAUUUUUUAUUUAGUUAUUUCCCAAAAAGUGGAAUUUUUCCAUGUGGAAAUGUAUUAAUUUUCACCUGCCUUCAUUCUGCGUGAGAAUGAGGGGCAUCAGUUGGGGUUUUUUGAAGCAGCAGCUUCGUUAUCUCUAGAAGCAGGGCUGUUGUUGGCGCGGGGGUUCGCUCCAGGUGAUGAAAAUAGUGAAAUUUUCCCCCAAAUGACCCUUUUCCAACAGAAUUUGGGGGUUGUGGCCGCAUCCUCGGGCUCCAAACCUGUUUCCUAAAGGAUUCGCCAAAAGCAAAAGAGAACAAUUUGGUAUUUACCGAGCUGCUGGACGCGGAGUAAAUCCUGUGGUGUAAA